UUGGCCACUGAUGUUGUCCCUCUGCAUUGGGCGGCCCUGUGCUCUACACUUGCUGGGACUCUCUUAAAAAGAUGCUAUUGAGAUGUGUGUGGCUCACUCAUUCCUCCUGCCUCCUACUAAGAACUGUUCCUGUCACUGCCAUACUCCCAAGCAGUCUCUGCCUAGCAAAACCUGCACAAUGUGCAACAGAUUUGUGGGAAGCUGGAAACUGGUUUCUAGUGAAAACGUUGACGAUUACAUGAAAGAACUGGGAGUGGGGUUGUUCACCAGAAAACUUGGCAGCUUGGCCAAACCCAAAGUCAUCAUCAGCAUGAAGGGUGAUGAAGUUACAAUCAGGACUGAAAGCACCUUCAGAAAUACACAGAUCAUUUUUAAGCUGGGCCAGGAAUUUCAAGAAACUACAGCAGAUGACAGGAAAACUAAGACUAUUGUAACGUUAGAAAAAGGUGCAUUGGUUCAAGUGCAGAAGUGGAAUGGCAAAGAAUCAACACUAAGGAGGAAACUAGUUGAUGGGAAAAUGGUGGUGGAAUGCACCAUGAAAGGCAUCACUUGCACAAGAGUCUAUGAGAAGAUGUGAGAAAUCAACAAACCUCGACUCAAUUGAAUCUAGUUCUUCAGAGCCACCUUGUUUCUGUGGGGAGCUAACCAUCGUGUCCUUUUUUCUUCAUUUUGUUUUACUGGAGAGCAAGCAACUAAGCCAUAAACACAGAUUUAAAAAACAUUGUGUAAGUAAUUGUGAAAGUAUUUGUGACUCAAUAAAUGCUUACUGGUGUCUGUCACAUGAAUGUAUUAUUUUAGUAUGGUACUAUGGGUUGUAUUCAACUAAGUUCUACACAAAGUAGACACACGGAAAAUAAUAAACCCAAGUUAGUCAUCAUGUCUAAUGACUUCAAUGGGUCUACUCUGAGUAGGACUAGCAUUAAAUACCAUCCAAUGUUUGGCACUGGCCCUUCUGAAGACAUUGCCAAUGUUUUUUUUCUCAGUAGUGUGUAAUGCACUCAUUUAUUUAAUCAAAUUCAGUUGCACAGAAACAAAACAAACCGUGUUAAAUGACACACUAUGCAGUUCAGGGAUGUUAAAUUAGUGUGGCUGACAGAGGUUUAGUUGUCCAGGGUCUCAAAGGUUCUUAGACCCUUUACUUUUUUGGGAGCCAGGUCCCAGCAAGGUCCCUAUGUCUCCUGUGUCCUAUGAGCCAAACAGCAUGAAAGGGGAGUGUGUUAGCCACUGAGAAAAGUCUUCUGACUUGCUUCCUUGUCAUUUCCUGCUGAUCGGAAUCAGAGUUCCUAUUAGCUGCAACUUCAACAAGUCACAUUGUGGAGUGCAAGAAUUCUGUAACUGCAGAAGAAGAGACAGUGAAUCCUGAUGAUAGCAUCCCAUCUACAUCAUCAAGCAGUUUGGUAGCAGCAGGAGAUAAACAUGUAGACACUGAAUUCAGUAAUUCAAGCAGUAUCUCUGACAUAGCAAAAUGACAGUCAACUAGUGACAAUGGCAGAGAAACAGAAGUCCAUAUUCAAGCCUGACCAGAUUGUUGUAUAAUCUUAGAAGGGGAGGCUUGGCUAUGAGGGGUCAUGGAUGUGACUAUCACGAGGGGACUCUGCAUUUCUGAAUUUGCCACUACGCUACUGGCAGAGCUUGGAAAAGUUACUUUUUUGAACUACAACUCCCAUCAGCCCAA